AUGGCUUCUGCUGCUAAUGCAGGUGCUCGUUUCAGACAGAGGAAGAUCUCUGUCAAACAGACUUUACAAGUUUUAAGGCAACGGGAUAUUCCUGAUUUUGAUAUCGAAGAACAACAACGUGAGAUUCAACAAAUCGAAACUGGUGUUGAAAAAGGUGAAGAGGAAGAGCACCAUCUACAGCAAGUUAUAAAUGCUUCGGCAGCGAAAUUCAAAGGUGCUGAAGUCAAGCAGGUCUAUAUCCCCACACCUGAUGCCUCUAAAGUUUGGAAUGAAGCUGAUAAAUUUUAUACAAGGAAAUUUAACGAGCCAGAUUCUUAUAUUGUUUUUUCUGCAACUGUUGAAGAUACGUCAGGAUGUCCAUAUAAUAUGGAUGAAAUUGAUGAAGAAUUUCUGGAGAAACUGAAUCAAGAUUUUAAAGACGAAGACAAAUGUACUGAAGAUGAAUUCGAAUUUAUUGCUAGUAAAUUCGACUCAAUUGUCGAUGAACGCCAACCAUUCUUAUCCAUUGACCCUCAGCAAAUCUUAAAGUUUGAUGAAAUCAAAUCAGUUGCUCUUGAUGAAAAUUAUGAAAAAUCUCAUGAUUUACAUUACUUGUUAGCCAAGAAAUUGAAAGUUAAAAAUUUUAAAACAUUAUACGACGCUGAUACCAAGUUAAAUGGUGAUAAUUCUAGAGAUCUUGGAAUAUUGUUGGAGUUGUUUGGGAAACAAAUCUAUGAACAUUGGAAGGAUAGAAGAAUUAAAAGAGGAGGAGGCUCAAUUUUCCCUACUCUUAGAUUUGAAGAUCCUUCUCAAAAGGAUGAUAAUAAUCCAUAUACCAGUUUUAGAAGACGAGAAUUUAGGCAAGCACGGAAAACAAGGAGAACGGAUGUUCAAAGUAUAAACAAACUUAAACUUCUUUAUAAAGAUCUUCUUAGAGCGCAAAGCUUAUUACAAUCGGUUGCACAACGAGAACUGAAGAAGAAUGAAAUCCUACAAAAUCAGCGUGGUAUUUUUGAAAAUAGGAAGAAACUUAAGAAGUUGGUUCGAGAAGGAAACUUGAAAUUGGAUGACAUAGAUGAACUUUUUAUUGAUAAACCGAAGAAGAAGCGUUUACCUUUAGGUUAUGUCCCACCACCUUCCCCAGCACCUCCGAAAGAAUCAACAAAAAAUAAAAUCAAAGAAAAUGUUCAAUCUAGAGCUGGUCUCAAGAAAUCUUCUAAAAAUGACUUACCUAAAGCAAAGGGUUCUAAUAAGGUUACUGAUCAGAAUGUGCAGAAUAACUCUAUUCAUUCAAAUAAGAUUCCACAACAAACAAUCCAACCAUACGUUAAACUACCCCCAUGUAAAAUUCCAGAUAUAGACCUGACUACAGUCAACACUGUUUUGAGGGAUAAACUUGAAGGCAUAAAAAAGGCUGUUUCUGACAAAUUAAUAAGGCGGAGGUUACAGGACGAAGGAUGGAUAAAUUUCACAGACGAUCCUUAUAAUCCGUAUUUUGAUUUAGCCACGCCAGAGAAUACUGUAAUUGAAAACAAAGAACACUUGCCGUACAGCUCAAUUGUAUCUUCGAUGUUUGAAGUUGAAAAUUCUCGUGAAAUAAACUUUAGUCAUAUUUUCAAUAAUAAUAGACAUUAUAGCAAUAAUGAUCCUAAUAUUGUCAAAAUAAAUUCUUUUACAGGUACAGUCGUUAAGAACGAUAGACACAGUUCGUUACCUGAAUUUUACGAUUUAUAUGGUGAACCAUCACUAAAUAAUCAAUUUGGUUUAUCAAGGGAUGGGAUCAAUGAAGAAUUUAAUAAUAAGAAUAUGCUAAAUGUAUCCGAGGUUUUGUUGAAAGUUAGGAAACGUCAAGGCAGGGGUGGGAGAAUAUGGAUUGAUAGGAAACGCGUCAAGGAGGAUGAAAUGUUUGAAGAAUAUUUGAAUAUGCCUGAAAGUGAUGAUGGUAACGAAGAGGAGAUAUGUGGAGAAGAAACACAAAACUUGAAUGAUGUUCGUGGGACAAUGUUCUCUUCUAAUAAAAUCGAUAAGUUAUCUCCUAUUGAUGAGCCUCUAUUUGAUGAUGGCGAAAAAAUGGAUAUUGAUAGGGACAGCAACGAUGGUCAUGCUGAAAUAACCCAAAAUAUUCCUAAUAUAGCUGUUACUGAAACUAACAAAAAGAAGCGCAAAAACGCUUAUGAUUGCAGUGGUGCUGUUAAGAAAAGACUGAGAUCCAGGUUCAUGUUCGAUUCUGAGUUAUCCAAUGUCAAUCCAAUUGACCCGUCUAAGUUGAACCAAAUUGGCAAACAGACGCAAGCUGUAAGGUUUGGCUGCAUGUUACUAAAUAAAGCUUUCGAUAAUAUGCACCAAAUUAGACAGAAGCAACAUUUGCUUCAACAACAGAGAGAAAAACUGUUGAGAGAACAAAAGGAACGAGAAAGACAACUGCACCAGAUGCGCCAGCAUCAACUAGCAUCUGAGCGUAGAGGUAAGAGAGACAAUUCACAACUUAAUGAUGAGAGAAGUAAGUCUAACAAGUUAUCCAAAGAGGAGAAGACAAGAAAUAAAGAAAAAGAUCCCGAUAAUAAAAAAUCAAAGACUAAGAAGGCGUCCAAUUCCAAGGCUAAUAAUAACAAUAAUAGCAAUAUCAAUAGUAUUAAUAACAAAACUAACCCAGACAGCACCCCCACAGGUGCGAAUGUUAAGGUUAAAGUUGAAUCCAAUGGUUCUUCAGCCAAUAAGGAAAACAAAGCUGAAAAGAAACUUGUGAAUAGCAAUUAA